CUAAGGAGGAGCACGACUCGCCCCACCACACCAAGACCCAACCUGUUCCAACGUCUACCAACAUUUCCCUAGGAAUCCCCUACUUUCACGAUUGAGCUCACGUUCGUACAGGCUAUAGUACAGUGAUCACUAUUGCCAGUUCUGGGAAUAGCAAAAUGGGAACACUAGGGAAAGUUAAUAUGGAAGGUGUGAUGCUGUUCGAACAGCCAUUCGUUCGCGUCCCGUAUGAAAAUUACCGCAAGGUCUUCCGUGUAUCACAGCGAAACUUAGAGCGCGAACUCGCGUUUGUCCAGACCACCUCAAAUGAGUUGUUGAAGCGAUCGAAGGUUGGUGAGGCGGAUCCAGAGGAUGCGCUCAAGUCGGUGGAAGGCAUGAUCGCGCGGGUGGAGAACCUACAGCGCAAGCUCUCAGACCUACAAGAAGUAUCCGGAAAGCCCACGAUAGAAGUCACUCGAGACCGACUAAACCUUGUUAGUGCAGUGGAGAACUUGCCUUCAACCAGCGACCCUGAAUUUUCGAGGUGGGCGGAUGUUCGCCUCGACAGGUGGCUUGUAGACUGGGCUUUGCGUAACGGGAAGGAGCAGACCGCUCGCAAGCUUGCAGAGGAGAAGCACAUCGAGAGAUUCGUGGACAUAGAUCUCUUUACAGACAUCAGCAGAACUGAGGAAGCCUUGCGCAAGCAUAGCUGUACGGAGGCGCUCGCUUGGUGCAGUGAGAACAAGGCGGCGUUGCGAAAGAUCAAGAGCACGCUUGAAUUUGAACUUCGCAUGCAAGAAUACAUUGAGUUGGCGCGCUCACGCAAGAUGGAGGAAGCAAUGACAUAUUCGAAGAAACAUCUCGUGCCAUGGCAAGAGACGCAUUUCAAGGAGAUUCUACAGGCAUCGGCUUUGCUAGCAAUUCCACCAACGACUACUUCUAGUCAAUACAGACGCCUGUAUGACAACUCGAGGUGGACGAACUUAAUCAAGUCAUUCCGGCUCGCCAUAUACAGCCUGAAUUCACUUCCGACCGAGCCUCUUCUGCAUCUUGCGCUGUACGCGGGCUUGGCAUCUCUCAAACUCCCCGGGUGUGGUGUUGAACCCAAGAACGUUGACUGCCCAACCUGUGACCCGCAUGUCAAUGUAUUGGCCAAAGAUGUCCCCUUCAGUCACCACACGAACUCCACGAUUGUGUGCCGUAUAAACGGUAAGAUCAUGGACGAAGACAACCCACCUAUGGCAUUCCCAAAUGGCCAGGUGUACUCCAGAGAUUCUUUGGAAGAAAUGGCGAGCAAAAAAAAUGGCAAGGUUAUUUGCCCACAUACUGGCUAUACAUGUGAACUCUCGGCUCUGAAGAAGGUAUUCAUCUCAUGAUGAAUCUUGUCCUAGUCCCUGGCUAUUCAGACUUGUAGUUCUCUUAAAUACGCUUAUGACUUCUCUCACAACUUGUGCAUUAGUAACACUGUAACGAUAGAUAACCACUCCGCCCCAAACAUGUAUCACGGCUCAGGCUGCACAAGCCUUCUUACGUAUAUAUCC